AUGACAGACAAAACUUGCCCAACAAUUAUUUUGAUCGGCCCCGAAGGCGCUGGCAAAACAACUAUCGGGAAAGUCCUUGCAGAAAGACUCAACAGAGAAUUGUUCAGCCUCGAUCGACAUCGCGAAGAACUUUACGCGCCUUUCGACUACGACGGUGCCCAUGCCAACAAACUAUACCAACAAGAGGGCGUGGGUGCUUUGUUGAACUACUGGAAAUACUUUGAAUACAGAGCUGUCGUGGACAUUUUAGAAAGUGCUCUGAAGCCUGAUGAUAAGUUUUACGGCAAGAUUCUCGAUUUUGGGGCGGGCCAUUCCAUAUUCGAGAAUAGGAAGGAGCUUGAUCACGUUGCGGAACUUAUGACUCCUUAUGAUGGUGUUUUCCUUAUUCUUCCGUGCGAAGACGUGGAUGAGGCUCUUAAGAUCAUGGAGGAACGGAGAGGGCAUGAUUUGAGCUACAACCGGCACUUCCUGAGCCACCCAAGCAACAAAACGCUGGCAAAGCAUAUUAUUCACACGAAGGAUACAGAUCCGGAGCGGAGUGCUGAUGAGAUAUUGGAAUAUUUGAGUUGA